GGCAAAUUCCGUUGGUACCAGACCAACCCACCUUAACCUUCGACUGUCCUCCCUCGCAGAACGGGUCGUAUUUCUUCUAACUAUCUGUCAGGGUAUCCACGAUGGCCGCCAUUCACGAGGGGCUUUCCAGGCUACACGGGGAUGACAAAUGGGCGGAUCUGACCGUGAUUUGCGGGGGAGAGACUUUUCGGCUCCAUCGAGCCGUCAUAUGUCCGCAGUCGCCGUUCUUCGAGAAGGCGUGUUCAGGAGGCUUCAUCGAAGCUACCACAGGCCAGAUUAACCUCAGCGAAGAGGAUCCUCAUAUAUUUGCAAAGUUUGUCCGCUUCAUCUAUACGGGGAACUACGACGACGAAGACAAUCUGGACCCUCAACACUGCGAUGAGUCCGUGCUUCAAUCCGUCGACCAUUUGACGUCCUCUCUGCGACACUUCACCGAAAUCCCGGGAUUGGACCUGUACGACGCGGAACUUUGGAACGAUAUGACCAGGACUUAUCAUAGCACAUGGGACGAUAACGUGUUUUGUAGAUGUGGUAGCUGUAUUUGCAACGGCUGCCGGGAACAUGAUCAAUUGGGCCAUUGCGCAUAUAGGUUCCGCCAGCGAAGGCAGGAUCUGUGCUGUGAUGGGUAUAGCUCCGAUGGGGAGGAAUAUCUUGACGACACCGAGAUCGAUGGGGUCGACGAGGGGCUCCAAGAGGGCCUCGACAAGGAUCCUGAAGGGUACCUCACCGAACUCCCGCAUGCCAUGCUCACCUCGGUGAGAGUGUACGCCAUGGCGGACAUGUUCUGCGUGCCGGCCCUGAAAGUAUUGGCCCGGAACCGGUUCUACAAGGCGGUAGAGGGGCACAUUGAACCCUUUGACUUCGCCGACGUGGUGGAUGAGGUUUUCGAGACGACAGCACCGGAUGAUUGGGCGCUCAAGGAUAUUUGCGUUCUGUUCAUUCGGGCAAGGUGUUUUGGACCUCACAAGGAUGCGACGUUGAUGGAGGCAUUGCAACCCAUCUUCACCAAUCACGAAGAUCUCCUCGAGAGGAUUCAGCUGUGGAAGGAUAUGGAUGCUCGUGGGCUUGAGAAGCCAGGGCGGCCCGCCGGCGAGGAUACACCGUGUUGGUGGUGCCCACGCGAGUAGGGCAGCACGUCCUCGCCCUAUCUUGAGUUGCCUGCAUGGCCAAGAAACGAGUCAGUCUAGGAAUAUGGGUGCACAGUAGGGUGGAGAGCUGGAGAUUUAUGU